CCGGAGGGCUGGUGUGCGCGCCGCGCGUCCCCGAGGGGGAACCCCAUGGCGCUUUUGGGAACUGGGCGUUGCAGCUAGCUGCACUUUGCCACACAAGCUGGGCGAGGAUCUCCGAAAAGGGGGCCCUGAUUGCAUCCCGAAAGGGUCACGUCAGGCCUCGAGGCAAGAGUUUCCGCACUGCUUGAUCUCGCCGCGGAGCAGGAACCCCACCCGCCUCGGAGCACCCGGAUUACGCAAGCACUGGGGAUGGUGCCACCUCCUCAAAAUGUCAGAAUGAAUUCAGUUAAUUUCAAGAACAUUCUACAGUGGGACUCGCCUGCAUUUCCCAAAGGGAACCUGACAUUCACAGCUCAGUACCAUAGUUAUAAGAAAUUCCAAGAAGUAUGCAAGAGCACUGCCUCCACAGAAUGUGAUUUCUCAAAUCUUUCCAAGUAUGGCGACCACACCUUGAGAGUCAGGGCAGAGCUUGCAGAGGAGCAUUCGGACUGGGUGAACAUCACUUUCUGUCCCGUGGAUGACACCGUUAUUGGACCUCCUGUAGUACAUGUAGAAGCACUUGCUGAUUCUUUACAGAUGCGUCUCUUAGCCCCUCAAAUUGAGAAUGAACCUUACACAUGGACCAUGAGGAAGAUUUAUGACUCGUGGGUUUAUAAUGUGCAGUUCUGGAAAAAUGGCACUGAUGAAAAGUUUGCUGUCACUGUUCAGUACGACUUUGAGCUCGUCCGGAACCUGGAGCCAUGGACAACUUACUGCGUUCGGGUUCGAGGGUUUCUUCCUGAUCGGAACAAAACUGGGGAAUGGAGUGAGCCUGUGUGUGAGCGCACAGCCGAGGACGAAACGACCCCCUCCUGGCUGGUGGCUUGCAUCCUCAUAGUCUCGGUCUUUGUGGCCUUGCUCGUGCUCCUGGGAUGCUUCACCUUGCUGUGGUAUGUCUACAAGAAGACCAAGUACACCUUCUCACCCGGGAGUUCUCUUCCGCAGCACCUGAAAGAGUUUUUGGGCCACCCACAUCACGGGACACUUCUGGUUUUCUCCUUCCCACUCUCCGGUGAGAGUGACGUUUUCGACAAGCUAAGUGUCAUUACAGAAUACUCUGAAAACAGCAGGCAGAAUCCUGAUGACAGUUGCAGCCUUGAGGCCCCGUCUGGACCAGGACCCCCAGAGCUACUUUCCGAGGAGGAACCCUACUCAGUGGGACCCAGCGACCCUGCUCUCCCCGAGUCUGCCUCAGAGAGAGAUCAGCACAACCUCCUGAGCAAACACCAGAUCUACAACUCUCAGACAGUGGACUUGUCCAAACAACCAAAGAACUAGUUUGUAGCCAGGUGUGGUGAUGCACGCCUAGAAUCCUAGCACCAGCGAAGCUGAGGCAGGAGAAUUUCCUUCAAGGCCAGCCUGACCUACAUAGCGAGACCCUGUCUCAAAAAGCCGAAACCAAAAGUAACAAGAACAAACUCCAUUCUGGGGACUCACCACUUUUUUUACCAAGACUAACGAUUUUUUUUUUUAAGUGCAUUUUUCAGCCUUUUGUGCUCAUUCCAAUAAGGACCAGAUUUUAACUGUGAGAAACAUAUUUAUGAGGAAUAAAGAAAGGAGAUGCUAUAAAAUCCUUCCACAGUGUCAACAGACCAACCGGAAAACCAUCCUCAAGUCCAAAAUGGCCAGCACCACGCCAGAUUGAUGGGGACUGGACGCUCAGGAGACGUAAAGGGGCCGCUGUUUUUCCCCAUGUGUGUUUCGUGUAUGGCUCAAGCUCUGUCCGAGCUUGAAUCUCUGUCUCAGCUGUGUUUGUGGUAGCUCUCUGUUGUUGUGAUGAAAUACCUGACAUAAACAACUUAAAAGGAGGAAA